AUGCAGAAAAAACCGUAUUUUAUCAAUACUAAGAAGACCUUUCGUUGUGUCAUUUGCAUUCGAACUUAUCUGUCCCUCAUUGGCCUUAUUAGUUAUCAGCGUCCCUGUACCAAGCGUGGGUAUAUCACAUAUCUUCGUUCGUUAAGCUUAGCCACGACGAUUAGAGAUGGUACUUUGAUACGUCCAUCAGUAAAUCCAUGCUUGCAUAACGAAAUACAACCUAAUGUACGAAUUACUGGACUUCUCUUCGAGAACGACAUUGCUUUGAUUUUACCACAAAUGAAAGCGCUAAUGUCGCUGAAACAGUAUCGUAGAAAACGAAAAGUAAUCGCUAAUCCAAGCUACUGGUGGAGAAGCUCAUCAAUUGCAUAUCGUUUUGGAAAUGGAGAUACAGAUUGGCAAGAUUACAUUCGUAAAGCACUUCAUAACUGGGAGCAAGAGACAUGCUUACGGUUUGAGGAAAAUAAACCGGAUAAUGAUUAUUUAUUCUUUAUCAUUGGAAGUGGAUGUUAUUCGCAUGUUGGAAGAUUGGGCGGUAGCCAAACAAUUUCUAUUGGUUAUGGCUGUGAAACUUUUGGAAUUAUUUCACAUGAACUUGGCCAUGCAUUGGGAUUUUGGCAUGAGCAGGAGAGAUGGGAUCGUGAUAAAUAUGUCCGUAUCAAUCUACAAAAUGCGAUUAGUGGAACUGAAGGAAAUUUUGAAAAGCUCAAUCCGUCGCAACUUAAAAACUUUGGAGUUCCAUAUGAUCUCGGAUCCGUGAUGCAUUAUUCCACCAAUACAUUUGCAAAACGAUUUAUGGACUUUACGGUGGAUCCAAUCGAUGUAAAGUAUCGUUCAACAGUUGGUAAUCGUGUCUCGCCAACAUUUACCGAUUUCAAACAAAUCAAUUUACUUUAUUGUUUUGAUAGAUGUCGGAUAACAAAUUUACGAUGUCGUCAUGGUGGCUAUCCAGAUCCUAACAAUUGCAAUAUUUGCAAAUGUCCAGAAGGUCUUGGCGGUCAAGAAUGCACUGACCUACAAUAUUCCUCAUGUGGUUAUGAACAACUGGCCAGUAAUGAAUGGCAAACGUUAGAAUAUACCGGCUCAUCAAAAUGCUACUGGAAAAUUUAUUCGCCAAAUGGUCGUAUCCGUUUUGAGCUUACGGAAGCAUACUACAAAUGUGAUCCGGUAUGUGAGGAAUACGUAGAAGUGAAGCAUAAAAUUGACUUGCAAGUUUCUGGAUUUCGUUCCUGUUGUUUACCAAUUUUAGGUGAAAUUCUUUCUGAAGGUGAAAUGCUAAUUAUCAUUUCACAUGCUUCCAGACGCUCACAUUUCCGUCUGCGAUUUAUCAACGCCCAAGCAACAGUAUCAUCAGAAUCAUUGACAUCGCUUCAACCGGUGACAUCUCAGGUGAAAAUUAAUUCCACUCAACAGUGUCAGUGUUCAGUGAGACAAAUUAUCCUUGUUGCUUGUGAAUGUAGAAGACUCCAAAACUACAAAUAUAUAAUAAGAAAUACAAGCCAAAAUCGGUCUCAAUUAGGUUCAACUCGUUUUGCGCGACAGUCCGUAAAUGCACAACCGUCCGUAAAAACUUUUAAUUACGGGAGGUCUUCUACUUAUUAG